AUGCCUAUGGUGCAUAGUUUUCGUACGCGAAAAAUUGGAGCUCCGUUCACCAAAGAACAUGAAAUCUAUUUUGAAACUGAUAAUGGUGAGUUGAUUUCACCUUUUCAUGAUAUUCCUUUAUUUGCACAAUCCAAUGUUGGAGGUGAAGUAUUCAAUAUGGUAGUAGAGAUUCCUCGGUGGACCAAUGCCAAGUUUGAAAUCAAUAAGGAAACACCAUUGAAUCCUAUCAAACAAGAUAUAGCCAAAAGUACCAAGGAACUUCGAUUUGUACCUAAUAUUUAUCCUUUCAAAGGUUAUUUAUGGAAUUAUGGUGCUUUGCCUCAGACUUGGGAAGAUCCUCAUCAUAUGACCAAAGACACUAAUGCCAAAGGAGAUAAUGAUCCUAUUGAUGUGAUUGAAAUUGGAGAUCAAGUGGGCGAGACAGGUCAAGUCAAACAAGUCAAAUUACUUGGUGUAUUUGGUUUGAUCGAUCAAGGUGAAACAGAUUGGAAAUUGGUGACAAUUGAUAUCAAUGAUCCAUUGGCCAAUAUGAUCAAUGAUAUUGGAGAUGUGGAAAAACAUAAACCUGGACUUUUGAAAGAUACUGCUCGAUUCUUUCGGAUUUAUAAGAUUCCUCAAGGCAAAAAGGCCAAUACUCUUGCUUUUCAUAAUAUGCCUCGCAACAAAGCUUAUGCUACUCAAUUGGUCUAUGAAACGCAUGAUUACUGGAAAGCCUUGGUGAAUGGUACUGCUGUGAAUAAAAAAAUUCAGAAUCUUUCUAUAGAAGGAUCUCCUUUCAAACUCGCUCCUAAUGCUGACAUGGUAGUUGCUGUCUCUAUGGAAAAUAAUCUUCCAGCUGCCCCUCUUCCUUCUACCGUUGACGAAUGGCAUUAUAUUGAUAAAUGGCAUGAUGGCAAAUGA